GCCGCCCCGCCCCGCCCCGCCCCCGUCGCCGCUCCGCUGCCGGGGGCUUUGACUGGGGAGAGGGGCGUGGGAAGCAAGUCUGAUGGCGACGCGACUGUGGCUGCGCGGCCCUUAGCGUGAGCGCGGCGAAAGGGUGCGGGUGGCUGGGAAGCGGGAGACACGUAGCGGAAGCGUGAGGCCUCGGGCGAGGCGCGCCGUGGGCUGCGGGGCGGCCGGGAGGGGACGAGGGGGACCCGGGCGUGCCCGGGCGGCGGCUGCGGCGACGUGGAGAGGCCGCACCCCUAGCUCGCCGGCCUCUGUUUCGGUCGUCCGGGAUGCGAGGAGGGAAUGGAAACACUCGGAGGCUUUGCUCAGACUCGCUUAAUUGACUUUCCUAUCACUGAUGAAGAAAUGUUAAAGCCGACUGCUGAGACUGACUUUUAUUGACCAGAAGACAGUUCCAUUGUUUUCACUUCUUGUUGUUUGCCCUACUGCUUUGAACUUUACUGUAACGGAGGAGACACUUGGAAAAUAAAGUGAACAUGCUGUUGCUUUUUUGAAAGUAAUUUUUGUUUCUGAGGAAAAGCUAAAGUGCCAGAGUGAAAAUCAGAAUGGCAUCCAGAGAAAGGCUCUUUGAACUUUGGAUGCUUUAUUGUACAAAGAAAGAUCCAGAUUACUUGAAGAUAUGGCUGGACAAUUUUGUUUCUAGUUAUGAACAAUUCUUAGAUGUUGACUUUGAAAAACUGCCCACCAGGGUAGAUGAUGUGCCUCCAGGAAUAUCUCUUCUUCCUGAUAAUAUUCUGCAGGUUUUGAGACACCAGCUGCUACAGUGUGUUCAAAAAACGGCAGAUGGGUUAGAGGAACAACAACAAGCUUUGUCACUUUUACUUGUCAAGUUCUUCAUUAUUCUUUGCAGAAAUUUAUCGAAUGUAGAAGAAAUUGGUACUUGCUCAUACAUUAACCAUGUUAUUACUAUGACAACACUGUAUAUCCAACAGUUAAAAAGCAAAAAAAAGGAGAAGGAAUUGGCAGAUGAGACCUCUAUUGAAGAAUUUGUAAUUCAUGCAUUAGCAUUUUGUGAAAGUUUAUAUGAUCCUUAUCGGAACUGGAGGCACAGAAUUUCAGGUCGAAUCCUUAGUAACGUGGAAAGGAGCAGACAGAAGUAUAAACCAGCUUCUCUCACAGUGGAAUUUGUCCCUUUCUUUUAUCGUAAGUAACAGCUCUAAUGUUCUUUGAUUUUGGUGUUUCUUUGAUAAUUUCUUAUUCUAGUUCUGGCCUUUAGCUUUUGGUGUAUUUAUACGUUUUUUUUUUUAAUUUCUUUAUUGGGGAAUUAAUGUUUUACAUUCGACAGUAAAUAUUUAUACUUUUUGUGUAAAUAUUUAUACUUUGUGUAUUUAUAAAACUGAUGGUAAGAACCUCUCACUGUAAUAUAUUGUUGGUAUGCAUGAGACUCCUUCUGUUUCAUUUGGUUUAAAUCCCCCCUGCUUAACACUAUUCUAUUUACAUAACCACUUCAUUCUAUUUACAUAACCACUGUUAACAAGUACCACCC